CCACCAUAGACCGUCUUCAAGCAAUGUCUUUGAAGCGGAUGCAAUGAAACCACAAGGUAUGCGAAGGGUCAGUUACAUGCGGAGACCAAAAAAUGCUGCAAAACCUAUAGAAGCAACCCAACAAACACCUAGUGAAGAGGCCGAGUCCACGAUGGUUCAAGAGCCCAGAACAAGUGAAAAACCAGACUCUUUGGAGGACCCCCUUCCCAUGGUUAUGGAUGAAAAUGAACACAAAGAUUCUGAUGGAAGUGAGCAAUCUGGGAGUGAUGAUGAUGAUGGUGACUCCGACUAUCAUAGUGACUUUCAGGAUGAGGAUUCAAACCUAGAAAAAAUGUUCUUCUAUGCGAAGAAAAAUCUUGAUAUCUAACUGUCACCUCCUACAUAAAAGACUCUAUACAAUUGGUCCAGAGCAAUCGAGUCGAAGGAUUGUAUCAUCAUAUACACCUCUUGUUAUUGUAUAACAUGCUAUGUUCAUU